CCUCCUCCCGCCGCGGCUACGGGGAGAGAGGCGGAAUGGCGGAGAGCAGAGCCCUUCUUCUCCCCAUCGAGGACGGCGUCGCUUGACGUUGCGGCAGUUCCUGAGAAAGAUGAAGGCCAACCGAGAGAGAAUGUGCGCCCAGGAGAGAGAGUUUGUGUAUGAGUUGAGGGUUGGGGGCCAGCGCCUGGAGCUCUCCGUGCCUCUGCAGUUUCCAGUCCAGCAGGACCCCGGCCACCUACAUGCCCGGCUCAUGCUCCUGCACAACUUGCCCUGCUUCAUCGAAAACGACUUGAAAGACACUCUAAGCCAGUUUGUCCAGUGCGCGACCGCCCAGGACCACGACCGGGAAGCUGAGGCCGCCCUGGAUGCGGUGAAGGCCGGACGCGUGGAGCUGCACCAGCUGGCCAGCGCCUGGGCCAGGGCCUAUGCUGAGACCACUCUGGAGCACGCCCGGCCCGAGGAGCCCAGCUGGGACGAGGACUUCGCUGACGUCUACCACGACCUGAUCCAUUCCCCGGCCUCGGAAACGCUCCUGAACCUGGAGCACAACUACUUUGUGAGCAUCUCCGAACUGAUCGGCGAGAGAGACGUGGAGCUGAAGAAGCUGCGAGAGAGGCAGGCGGCGGAAAUGGAGCAGGUGAUGCGGGAGCUCGGGAAGUCGCUGACGGACCAGGACGUGAACUCGCUGGCAGCGCAGCACUUCGAAGCCCAGCGGGUCCUGGAGCAGGAGUGGACCAGCGAGCUGAAGCAGUCGAGCACCAUUCAGAAACAGGAGUACCAGGAGUGGGUGGUCAGACUCCACCGAGACCUCCAAAACCCCAACAACAGCUCCAUCAGCGAGGAAAUUAAGCUGCAGCCUGGCCACCUGCGGGAAGUGGAGGAGGCUGGCGGCAGGGUCUAUGAGGAGCUGCGAAAGCUGGAGGAGAGCUUCACCAUCCAUUUAGGGGCCCAGCUGAAGACCAUGCACAACCUGCGUCUGCUGAGGGCGGACACCCUGGACUUCUGCAGGCACCAGCGGCACCAGCGCAGCGGCGUCAAGCUCCGCCGCUUGCAGACGGCGCUGUCGCUCUACUCCACGUCGCUUUGCGGCCUGGUGCUGCUGGUGGACAACCGCAUCAACUCCUACAGUGGGAUCAAGAGAGACUUCGCCACCGUCUGCCAGGAGUGUACCGACUUCCACUUCCCGAGCAUCGAGGAGCAGCUGGAGCAGGUCCAGCAGGUCGUCGUGCUCGCCCGGGCCCAGCGCAGGAGCGAGGCCAAGGACCCGCACGAUCCUGAUAACAGGAAUGGAGGGAGUGACGACAAGAACAAGACCACAGAUCGGAACCCGUCUAAUAUUUUUCCAGGUGAGUUCUACAUCACCCGCCACUCCAAUCUUUCCGAGACCCACGUGGCGUUUCACCUGUGCGUGGAUGACAGCGUGCGGUCGGCCCACAUCACGGCCCGCGACCCGGCCAUCAGCGGGCUCCGCAACAUCCUCAAAGUCUGCUGCACCCACGACGUCACCACCGUCAGCCUGCCCCUGCUGCUGGUCCAUGACAUGGCUGAGGAAAUGACCAUUCCCUGGUGCUUGAAGAGGGCAGAACUGGUGUUCAAGUGUGUCAAAGGCUUCAUGAUGGAAAUGGCAUCGUGGGACGGCGGGGUCUCUCGCACGGUGCAGUUCCUUGUCCCGCAGAAGAUCUCGGAGGAGAUGUUCUUCCAGCUGAGCAGCAUGCUCCCGCAGAUCUUCCGGGUCUCAUCCACCCUCACCCUGACGUCCAAGCCCUGAGCCCGCCGGGGACACGUGGGAGCUAAGUCAGGGGGGUGGGGAGGGCACCCUGGGGGACCGCGGACUCAGUGACAGAGGGUGGCUGCCCCUGAACCGAACCAGGUUCAGACAUGGAUCCGUGGGAGGAGAGGGGACUUUCAGUCCAGCCCGGACACCAGAAAAAGUUGCCUGCCUGGUGUCCACGUGUGCAGAGCCGCUGCUCCCGUGAGGCAGAUGGGACUGGAAAUCACCUUCCCGGGCACCUUUCCCCUUUACCUGCUCUGUGCCGCCCCGUGUUUGCAUCACGUGGGUACCUGGAGUCUCUGGAUCAUCUCUUGUGGUCUGGCCCACCGUGCAUAUCACCAACCAGUUCUCCGGGCUCCUCGGAGAGAGAGCCGAAGCACGAGGGGCCUCGUUGGGGCCGGAGCGCAGGAAGCGGACAGGAGGAAUGGGAGGGAGGCCGACCGGAGCAGUCUUUCCCAUCCUGGGGCCACGUUGCUCCCUGACCCUGUGCUGGAGAGAAUAAAGGAGCCAUUCGCAGUCA